UUAACCUGAGGUGAAGAUAGUGGGGCAUCCGAUCCAGGAACUGUCAGUCAUACAAAGUGUAUUCGCGCGGCAAGUACGCAUUAGAAGAGGAAGCGCAGACUCUUGUCUUAUGUGAAGCAGUGGGAUUCGACAGGGCUGAUGAACUUCUGAACUGAAUAGUCAUUCUUAGCCCCUUAGAGACAAAAGCAACAUGGCCUCCAACAAUGAGGUACCCAAGACCUGCAAGGUCAUCAUGGCCGAUACUAUCGCCAAGGGCUUACUGGCCGAGGUGAAAGACACCCUCAACAAGAUCCAGGGAGAUGUCGACCGCAGACCCAAGCUAGCAGCCUUUCUGGCCAACGAUGAUCCCGCUGCUCUAAAGUAUGCUGAGUGGUCACAGAAGACAUGCCAAGAGAACGACUUUGACUUUGAACUUCGCCAGGUGGACAAGGAAGAACUCGAGGAGAAGAUCACCGAAGCCAACCAAGACGACUGCGUGGACGGGAUGAUCGUCUACUAUCCCAUCUUCCCGGGGAACCCGACUCACGACAAGUACAUCCAGGAGACGGUGUCGCUGCAAAAGGAUGUCGAAGGUCUCUGCCACAAGCACUUGUAUAAUAUGUACCACAACGUCCGCUUCCUCGAUCCGCCCCACAACCUCAAGAAGUCGAUCCUCCCUUGCACGCCGCUAGCCGUUGUGAAGAUCCUGGAGUAUCUCCAGAUCUACAACCCGAUCCUUGCCUAUGGGAACCGACUGUACGGCAAGACCAUUACCGUGAUCAACAGGUCCGAGGUGAACGGAAGGCCGCUGGCGGCGCUCCUCGCCAACGACGGUGCUACCGUCUACUCGGUAGACAUCACCGGGGUGCAGCUGUUCACCCGAGGCCAGGGCAUCAAGCAACCGCGGCAUCAGGUCCGGGAUAAGGAGGGCUGGGGUCUGGAGCAGUGCCUUCCUCACAGCGAUGUCAUCAUCGGCGGUGUCCCGUCCGAGAACUACAAGGUGCCCACGGAGCUCAUCCGGGAAGGCGCUGUCUGCAUCAACUUCUCGUCGUUCCGCAAUUUUGAUGGCCCGGCGAUCAAAGAGAAGGCAUCUAUUUACGUGCCUUCGGUGGGCAAAGUGACCAUCGCGGUGUUGCUGAGAAACUUGGUGGUAUGUUUCCUACUCGUUCCCCCCUUUUCCCCCGAUAUAUACUUCAAUUGAUGGAGAAAUUGAUGCUGACACGGGGUAGCGUCUGAUCGCGAAUCGCCCUGCCACCAAGG